AUGACGCCUUUGGAAAAUGCAGAAGAGCCCUACCAUUACUACCCUGCAACCCGUAUCCAUCGUAAACACCCCCUCCCCAACUUCACGAAAAAAAUCACAGCUUCAUUUCCUAAACAAGUUCGUUUCGGAGCCAAAGAACGGAUUGGGUUGGAACUUGCUGCGCGGCCCGGCCUGCAGCUCGCCGUCGUACAGCGGACUCCUGCCAUCAGCAGCCGGUGGCGCGACCUGGACGUCGCCCCUGUAAAUUUCAAUGGCCGAGAUGAGCGGGAGCACGAGCAGCAGGACGGACAGCAGCUGGCCGAAGCUCCACUGCUUCUCGCCGUCGUCGGCGAGCGGCACCGAGGGCGUGCCAAACGCCGACGACAGCAGGACGACGCGCACGGCGGCGCCGACGGCAACGGCCGUCAUGACGAGCAGCCCGGCGACCUGCACCGUCUUGUACCAGGCCUUUUGCUGCGCGCGGCUGUGCAGGUACCACGUGGCGAGCACGAAGACGACCACGUUGCCCGUAAUCACGGCAAUGGUGCCGACAUACGACAGCGCGUCCUUUGCGCCGCCGGGGGGCUUGCCAAACGUCGUCGUCGUCGUCUGCCCGCCGCCGUCCCAGGCGCACGCCACGGGCAGCGUGGAAAAGGCCAUGCCGCGGGAGACGACCUGCAGCGUAAAGACGCCCGAGACGCACGAGAGGGCGAGGUUGGCGAGCAUGAGGGCCUGCCGCAGCCAGCGCAGGACCCAGUCGCGGCGGUAGUCGCGGACGAGGGCCAGCAGCGUCGCGUUGUGCGUCGCCAUGGACAGCAGCGAGAGCAUCCAGAUGAGGAAGAAGUGGUACGGCACGAGCGAGCCCAUCUUGGCGAGGCCGACCGACUGCAGGCCGAUGCCCUGCACGAUUUGCGAGUCGCUGAAGCCGCUGAGGAGCUUGCGCCGGAUGCCUGCCGGACGGCCGCGCAUCUCGGCGGCGACGACGCUGGCGGACAGGCCGAGGGCGAGUACGGCGGUGAUCAUGAAGGAGAGGAGAAUCUGGGAGAGUAG